GGUCAGGUACUGCAUCCAGGUUAAAUAAAUAGUGGGGGUAUGCCGUACCGGUAAAACACGAGCCUAUCACGAUUAAUACAACAUGCCCAAACAAAUGUAGGCUAUUGCACCAUUAUUUAACAUAGCAGCAUGACCAAUUAGUGAAUUGACUGGAAGCCGAGUAGUAUCCGCUCCAAAUUGCGUUGUGGUUUUAUAACACUUACAUUUUGUCAAGGCAGGGAAGAGUGGCUGACACGGAGGCGCUCGUGAACAACAGUGGAUGCAUCAAUUCAGGCUACAAGUGUAGACCUAAUGACAAUCUCAGAAUUUCCUUACACUACACGUAGGUGUUUUGUAACUGAUGUCUCUUUCCAUUCAUCGAAUUGUGGGUGAACAGUGCAACGUUUGGGUCUGAAUGCUGAAAUUAUUUUGUGAGUGAACGAAUGCGCGCAGGUAGCCUACAGGAGCGGCUCUGUUAAGUGCUUGUUUGACAAUCAGGUGGAAACAUCACGACUGGUUGUGUUUAUUGCACAUUAAAAGCAAUAGGCAGCGUGUCCAUAAGGCUUUCCCUAAAGUAAAUUGCCAAAAUUAUAUAGCCUAAUUAGCUUAGUCCUGUCUAUAUAGAAAUAUAUAUAAAUCAUUCGAAAUAGGCUACUACCCCAUACAGCAUGAUUUGGCCUCAAAGAAUCAUUUAAAAAAAGCUGUGGAUUGUUUUAUAUUGGAUAGCCUACUGUCGGAAGGGCCCGCAAUUUAGACUGCGCGUGCUGCAGUUACCAAAUAGAUUAUUGUUAAAUUGCGACUGUCGGUGAAAAGCAGAGAGACCCAGCCAGGCAUAUCACAAUAUUUAAAAAUACAAUCGCGGAAAAACUUGUUUUGAAAGCAAAUGGCUAUUGCUGUAAAGAGAUGACAAUGAAAACACUCCAAUCUGUCUUUGAGUUAUCAAAAUUCUUAAUUUAAUUGAGCGAACAGUAGCAUAUUGGCACCAGCUGAGACAUCCGCCAUAUCCGGGUGAGUGCAUAUUGACCCUCUUUAUAAUUGGGCCAUUGCCACUUUUGUUUGUUUUUGGACUGUAAUAUCCCCCUCCAGAUUAAAUGGUUGUCAUAUUGUAUUUGUGUCUCCCCUUUUCAUAGGCCGAUUAUAUGGAUCACACAUCGUUUUUAUUGCUCUGUUUGUCAGUGUCAGCAGAGUAGGCUAGCCUGUAAUUUUUGUAGUUUAAAAAACAUGCGUGCGCACACUUGGGUGUCCUGUACUAGUAACAAAUAAAUUAAAUCGACUUUAAUCCUGCAUAGGCUAGAAUGAACAUUCCUCUCAAAUUCUUCUGUCUUAACAUUAAGACAUGGCUAACGCCAAUUACUAAUACUAGGCGUUCUAUGGAUAAUGCCAUCAUGGCCAAUACUUAUUUUAAUUUUAAUAACAUUUUCAUAAAAUUGAUCAGGAGGACAUAACACAUAUCAGAUGAGCUAACUUAGCUUCUGAAAAGUAAUGCCAUAAUUUAUAACUGAUGUCAUUGCAUGUUUGAAUUCUAUUGAAGGUUUGUGUAAAACGCAAAAAAUGUGUCCUGUUUGAGAUGAGAAUGACGUUGUCCCAGGGGGCGAAGAGUUAACCCUGUUGUUCCACUGCAUUUAUCGAACUCCAUUCCGUAAUUUGCUGAUCACUUUAACAUCAACACAACCUUUUCUUCUCUUCCUCCUCCUCUUCGUCUUUUAACUCUAACCAGACCUCAGACUUUCGACGACUCAUACGCGAAUAAGUGUUUAAAUAAAUGUAAGACAAUCGCGAUUUUUUUUCUUCAUCUGAUCACUUAUUGGGUUAUUGUUUGUUUUUAUUCUGGGAGUUGAGUUGCUGUAAGUUACUUUAAUUUUUAAUAACUUUUCACAUUAUUAUAAUUCACCUUCAAAUAACAUUUCAAUAUUAGUAUGUCGACUUUUGCUAAGUCUUUGAAGAGGGAGUUUUUUGCUGUUUUUCUCCCCUCACUUAAAAAAAAAAACGUUGUCUUAGGUGAAAAGUCGAACCAUUUAAAGAACCACCCUCAAACGUGGUAUGUAUCCUAUUAACUACAUUUCUCUAUUUACUUUACUUUCUACGACCAUCGGCCUCUCUAACAGCCUAAGAGCUUGUUGUCAAAAGAAAUCUAGACGUGUAGGCUAUUUGCCCAGUGAAAGUAAGUAGUUUCUCACCAGUAAAGCAAUUAGUCAAAUACACAUUGGGGCCACUGAUAAACUCCAUUAUUAGUUGUGACUUCAAACAUGCCCUAACAGAUUUAUAACGUGUUCGAUCUGACAGAUAAUAGGGUUUAUGUAAAUGUAAUGAUCCCAUCUAAUUGUGUAUUGUUGUAUCUGAUGUUUUUCUCACUUUUCUCCUUUAAUCAUUGUUCUUGUCUAUUUUGCUUCCUGUGGUGAUGUUUUGAAAGUCUAGGGGGGGCUUCCUUAUUUGAUGUUUUUCCCCCUCCACCCCUUUUACCUGACACUUCUGUAAACUAUAUAAAAAUGGUUUUAUACUUAAGUAAUAACCGGACUGUAACAGUCUUGUGCAGCGGUGGCUUUCCGGCCAGUUAAAAGACCGGUUAUAAAUUGCUGAAUAAGCCACGUGCUUAUUUGGGAAGGGUGGCGGAGCGUGUUACUUUGUGGAAACGUUCGGUUGCAUCUGACUGAUGCUGCCCAAGACUACGAAGAAAAAAGCACCCAGGUAGGCUACUGCUGGACAGGUGAGACCAGACCAUGGCUCCUCUGACACCUCCUCCCCUGUUGUGGUUAUGGCUGACCCCUGUCCAUCCCGCUGGGUAGCUGGGAAAGAUGCUCUAUCACCAAUGACCUAUCUCAUCCAGCAGCCCAACCAGAAGACUGACAGGACAGGAUGGACUAACAUACUCUUUAGCCUUUCUCAGCUCUUACAACAACUACCUCCCCAACUCCAGACCAUUACACUACACUACUCUGUUACUGUGCUGUUCUGUUUGUAUCCUUCACAUUGCCACCAGGACAGUGCAGCUAGGCUUUAGGCUGGACUGUCUGUCAGCAUGCACAGGGCCAAGGGAGGGCCUGGCCCCCCACACUUCCAGGACAUCUAUGAAUUCUCCCUGGAUGGUGAUGAGACCACAACCCAGAUCUUUCUGCGGGGCCCGGGGAAAGCCAUGGAGGGCCCGGGAAUGCCCCUGUCCCCUCACUACAAGUACAUCCAGACUGAGCACCAGCAGGGGGGUCUCUUCUCCCUUGGGCCCCCUACCCAUGGAGAGGCCCUCGCGGCCCCCCAGGGAAAGAAGAGGAGGCGGUGCGGCGUGUGUGGCCCCUGUAUGCAGAAGGAGAACUGUGGCACCUGCAGCAACUGUAUGAACCGUAAGAUUGGGAAGCAGAUCUGUAAGCUGCGUAAAUGUGACCAGCUGAAGAUGAAGGGACAGAAGGACUGGGAGGUGGAACAUUUUGAGGACAACAGUAAAGCCUGGUUUGUAAAGGCCAAUCUGGGGACAGAGACUGUUUCGGACGCUCGUUCAGUGGAUGGCCCCAGAAGAGGAGGCCAGAUGGAAACUGGGGCACAUGACCGCCUCGAGGAAGGCUGUUUACUGAGCCUGGAACCGACCAAUGGGGUGAGCCGGCAUCCCAGGGACACCCAUGAGGAGGGUGGAGCUGGCCUGGAGCCCCAGAGGGAGCCCCAGCGGUCAAGGAGUGUUUCCCCAGGACAGGGCUGUGUACCUGGGCACAGCAAAGCCACCCAACCCCAGCAGCAACAGCACUGCAAUGGCUGGACCAGUAGUGGUAGGACUCCUGGGAAGCCUGUCCAUGAGGCAGACAUGGAGGUUGCACGCAACCUGGUAGCCUUCUCAGCCAGCGUGAGUGUUGGCUCCCUGCCCCCCUCAGGUCACCUUGAGCCCCAGUCCCAUGCCAUCCAGCUGUAUGAGAAGUUCAACCAGGAGAUGGGCACUGGUGAGGGGGCCACGGCUCAAGACAGACUCCAAGCCCCAGAAGGGGAAAACCAGGCUAGCCCCCCAGAGGACCUGAACACCCUGCAGAAUGCCCUGAGCCAGGCGCGCCACGGCCACAAGCCCCCCAACUGUGACUGUGAUGGGCCAGAUUGCCCGGACUACCUGGAGUGGCUGGAGAAGAGGAUCAAACAGACAUGGGCAGGGGAGGAGCGGGACAACACCACGCCCUGUUCCAAGAUGACCACUGACACGCCGCCUCAUCAACAGCCCCCACACUCACAGCAGCCCCCCCACCCCCAACCCCAUGUCAAUGGAGGUAACCCUCCCUCCGGUCCACCACUACACCCACAUCAACAGGGCCAACACCCAGCCCCUAUCCCCUGCUCCCCUCAGGUCCUCUUCAUCGCCAAGGAGAAGAACGUCAGUCUGCAGACGGCUAUUGCCAUCGAGGCCCUGACCCAGCUGUCUGCCACUGUCCCCCAGACCGUGGUCCCUCCUGCCCAGGCCUCCUCCACCAGCCAACCUCAACACCCCCCUCUACACCUCCAGCAUGGCACCCGCCUGAACCCCUCCUCCUCCAACCCCAUCUCCUCUUUGUCCUCCUCGCGAUCACAAUCCGUCCCUCCUGGACUAUACCCCCAGCCCCAAACGAGCCCUGUGUCGCGGGAGCAGCAGCACAGACCCCAGUCCCAUGGUCAUCCGGCCCACGCCUCCCAUCUCCCGUCCUCCACUUCACCCUUCCCCCUGCAGCACCAGGCAGGCAGCCUCCUGCCUCACCACCAGCAGUGGCAGCAGCAGCAGGGCCCUGAGGGAUCCCAAGAGCAGAGGAAUCAGUGGAUGAACUCAGAUUCCCAGCAGCCUCGCUUCGCCCCUCAGUCCGGUGGCCACAGCACUGGCGACCCCAUGUCCGAGCUCAAACAGCUACUCGGGGACUCCAGCGGAAAGUACAUAAGCGGCCCCUUCAAGUUGCCCGUCCCACACCACCACAUCAAGCAGGAACCAGGGAUGCCUCGGGUCAAGCAGGAGGUAGACUCCGGGGAGUACCAGAGCUCUGCCUGCGCCUCCAUGGGGGGCUGCUACAGCUUGAUGAAUGGCCAGCAGCAGCCUAGGUACCCUGGUCCUCCUCUCUCCCUAGGCAGCGCAGCCAUCCGCCACUCCACCCAGACAGCUCUGCAGCAGCACCUUCACCACAAGAGGAACCUCUUCUCCAACUCUCCCGGCCUCCCAGGCCUCUGCCCUCUGCGUCCCGCCAAGGCCUGCCAGAACCUCCGCAAGUGGUGGCCCCAACAGAUGGGCCCCGAGGGCCACCCCGUCCCCGUGGCCAUCAAGCAGGAGACCAAGAGGAGGAAGAGCACAGCGGGGACAUCUCCGCUCCUCAAGCAGCACGCAGGGGGUGGUAUGCUGCUCCAGCCAGGCCCCAAACCCAAGACGAUAGUUAUCAAGAAGACCAAGCAGAAGGUCUCCCUGCCAACCUUCCUGCCUCACAGACAGAUCUCCAUACAGAAACCGUCUCCCCUCACCAUUACCGGAGCCCUGCCUCUGGCCAGCGCCCACCCAGGUUCUCUCCCUCUCCCUACCUUCCCCCUCCUCAGUAACCCCACUCAGGCUGCCGCAGGCCUCCCUGCCCCAGCCCAAUCUCAGGUAUCCAUUUUAAACUCUUCUAUUGCACCCUCUGUCGCUGCCUUGUCUGUAAACACUCCAGACGUCUCAACCCCUCAGCCUCUCCCUGUAGCCCUGGACAUCCCAGCAAGCUCAGCGGAGGCCAGCGCCACACAGACCUCCACCACCUCUCAGUCCAUACCAGGCCUCAGUUCCCUGGACCCCAAGUUCGAGGAGCUGAUCUGCCAGUUUGAGGCAGAGUUCGGGGACAGUUCAUCCUCGGCCCCAGAGCCCUGCCCUUCACAGAUCCAGAGCCAGCCCCAGGACCAAGCCCCCUCAGCCUCAGCCCAGCCCGUGGUGACAGAGUCUCAGCCCAAAGUUAACUCAGGACAAGCCAGGCCCCCAUCACCAUCCAGCGCUACCCUCACUCAGUCCUCCAGCGCUGCUCCAUUAGCUCCUACCACAGCCCCACCUGCAGACAAGGAGGAGUCAGGGAGUAUGAGUAAAGUAACCUCCACCACACAGCCCUCCACUGAGAGCCCCAUUGAGGAGCAGCGGGAGGCAACCAAGCUGCCUUUCUCCCCGUCCCAGCUGCCCAAACGCAUGAAGAUUGAGACCAAUGGGAACGUAGCUGUCCUCUCCACCACUGGAUUAUUCUCUGAUGGGGGCGAGGACGACACGCCCACUAAAGACGGAUUCCCCCUUAACCCCUCCCUAAAAGGCUUCCUUGAGUCUCCACUACGCUACCUGGACACGCCCACUAAGAGCCUGCUAGACAUGCCCGUCAAGGACCUCCAGGCUGAGUUCCCCACCUGCAACUGUGUCGAGCAAGUCCUGGAGAAGGAUGAGGGUCCGUACUACAAUCACCUGGGCUCCGGGCCCACUGUGGCCUCCAUACGAGAGCUGAUGGAGACCAGGUAUGGAGAGAAGGGAGAUGCUAUCCGUAUUGAGAAGGUGGUCUAUACCGGCCGGGAAGGCAAGAGCUCUCAGGGAUGUCCCAUUGCCAAGUGGGUGAUUCGUCGAGGCAGUGAGACAGAGAAGUUGCUGUGUCUGGUGCGUCCCCGGCCGGGUCACCACUGUCCCAACACUGUCAUCAUCAUCCUUAUCAUGGCGUGGGAGGGCGUGCCACGGGCGCUAGGUGACAAGCUCUACCGAGAGCUCUCCGCCACCAUCACCAAGUUUGGCAACCCCACCAGCCGCCGUUGUGGACUCAACGACGAUCGUACGUGUGCGUGCCAAGGCAAGGAUCCUGACAGUUGUGGAGCCUCCUUCUCCUUCGGCUGCUCCUGGAGCAUGUACUUUAACGGCUGCAAGUACGCCCGCAGCAAAACACCCCGCAAGUUCAGACUGGCAGGAGACCACCCCCAAGAGGAGGAUCAACUCAGGGAUAACUUCCAGGAUCUGGCCACUGAGUUGGCUCCCCUGUACAAGCAGCUGGCCCCACAGGCAUACAAUAACCAGUGUCAGAAUGAGGUGACUGCUCCAGACUGCAGGUUGGGUCUAAAGGAGGGCCGGCCCUUCUCUGGUGUCACCGCCUGCAUGGAUUUCUGUGCCCACGCUCACAAGGACCAGCACAACCUCUACAACGGCUGCACUGUGGUGUGCACUCUGACUAAAGAGGACAACCGUACAGUGGGGGAGAUCCCAGAGGACGAGCAGCUCCAUGUACUUCCCCUCUACAAGGCCGCCCUCACAGACGAGUUUGGCAGCGAGGAGGGUCAGCGGCAAAAGAUGCGCACUGGCGCCAUUCAGGUGCUUAGCAACUUCCGCCGUGAGGUCCGCAAGCUGCCUGAGCCCGCCAAGUCCUGCCGCCAGCGCCGCCUGGACGCUAAGAACCGCGCCUCGGAGAAGAAGAAGGCCAAGCAGCAGCUGCCAACGCCCACGGAGACGCCGGAUAAGACGGUGAUCAAGACGGAGGUCCGGCACGCUGGCUCCCCUGUCAGACAGCAUGGCAAUAAAGUGAUCCCUAAGCAGGAGGUGAAGCCCACCAUAAAGAAGGAGGCAGUGGACCAGUGCCAAUACCCCUACCACGUCUACCCCUCCCACCCUGGCUACUACACACGGGGAGGCCCCCCUUCCAAUGGCCAGCCCCCUGCACUUCCACCUCCACCAGGCCCUGUCAAUGGCUACCACCCCAAUCUACCCUCAGCACUGCCGUACGGCUAUUACAACUAUCCCCCCAACCCUAACACACUUUUCCCCCGUGAGCUCACUUACGAGGGCCGUAACAGCUCCUGGCAUCACGCAGGGCACAAUGCUUCCCCCGGCCCUGUGGACAAGAAGCCAGACGUUCAGAGCCUCCAGGCCAAGCUGGCACACUCCUACUCAGGCCCAGGCCUCCCUGAGCAGCAGCAUGGAGACCCAGCCAACCAACACCAAUGCAACGCUUACCCACACCCCCACCAGCCUGACUACAACCAAUCACGUCCCUCCUCAGUCUCCUCAGAGCCCUCCCACAGAGGGACCCCUGUCAUCAAGCAGGAGCCCAUGGAUGUGCCAGUGUGUGAGGGGGGCAAUACCCAGAGCUGUCCCGACACUCCCAUCCCCACCCCACAGCCUGGAGGGCCCUGGUCCGGGCACAAGCCCAACGGGAGUAUGGUACCAGGCAGCUGGGAAGGCAACCCCCAACCACCAUGCCCCCCGGGGGCUCCCUUCACUUCAGACAAGCAGCAGGUCCACCAGCAGGGACCUCACCAGACUUCCCAAUCUCCAUACUCCCAACAGCAGCAUCAGUAUCCCCCACAACAGCCCUCCCCAUACCCCCAGCAAUGGAACUCUUACCCUGGCCCCAACACCCCCAAGGCCUCCCCUGUUCCCUCCCCGUCACCCUCUCCUUCCCCACACCCCGGCACCCCCCGCCACUGGGACAGCCCUGCUCCCAGCCCUCAGCCUAAGGCUUGGCCCAUGGACAUGGUUCCUGCUGGGUACUGCCCUAGCACCGCCAGAGACUUCCCCGACAAGAUAUGCUCCAAAGCGGGCGAGAGUCGGAGCUCGACCCCUCUAGGUCUCCAGGAGAAGGCCUGGAAGUCUUUUGGAGGAUCCAUGGCAGGUACACAGUCUCCAACCCCAGAGGCCUGCUGGGACCCUAAUCGGGCCGAGACCCCGAGCGACGUCGAGAGCCAGAGAGGUCGCGACCUGGAUGAGGAAGAGCAGUGGUCGGACAGCGAGCAUAACUUCCUGGACCCCAGCAUCGGAGGGGUGGCGGUGGCACCCGCCCACGGUUCUAUCCUGAUCGAGUGUGCCCGGCGUGAGCUGCACGCCACCACGCCGCUCAAGAGGCCCGACCGCUCUCACCCCACCCGCAUCUCCCUGGUGUUCUACCAACACAAGAACAUGAACCAGCCCUGCCAUGGCCAGUGGCUCUGGGAGGCCAAGAUGAAGAUGCUGGCGGAGCGGGCUAGAGAGAGGCAGCAGGAGGCAGCACUACUGGGGCUGCCCUACGAGGACAUCAAACCUGGGAAGAAACGCAAGUUGGGGGCCACGGCAGGAGGGGCCAGCCCAGGUCCUGGCCAGACCACGGAGGGGCCAGUGAUGGGGAUGGUGACGCGGUUGGCCUCCACCCACCACACCACCUCCACGGUCACUGUGUCCCCCUAUGCCUUUACCACCCUCACUGGGCCCUACAGCCACUUUGUGUGAUGAUGAACAGACAGACGGACACACAGGCUGGUGGAGCGGACAACCCCUCCUUUAGUCCUGUGUAUCUCCAUCCUCCUCCUGCUCUGUUUUCUCACUCUGGUGCUCUGGGCUGGAAGGAGGGGGACUACUGGUUUGAAUCCUUGUUUUGUUUUGUUUGUUUUUUACCUCAUGUCAGGCAGCAGUAUGGGCCCGACCCUGGACCAGACAGACACACUGCCUGUGGUGCUCUUUCUCUCUCCUCUGCGGGAGGGACUCCAUUGCUUCUCCUUCUUCAUAGAAUUUUAAUGAUCCUCCUAAUUAUUACUAUUAUUAUCAAUAUUAUUACGAUUGUUAUUGUUACUGUCAAUGUUGUUAUUACAGGUAUUAUUAUUAUUAUUAUGAAGAUGCUGAUUUGAUUUGUUUGUUUAUUGAUGUGGUUGUUUUUUCAUGUUGUUAUUAAUUAUUAUUUUGUUUAUGUUGUGUGUUUUUUUACCGAGGGGUCUGUCUUGCUUUUUUCCCUUUGGCUUUUGAAAUGUUUGUAACUGUACUUGCAGAAAGGCCGUUCUCAGCACUGCAAGGCUCUUCAAGACUGUCUUUCCAACAAGCAUGACAUACACGUUUUACAUUUCAAUCAUUAGUCUUGACCAAAAGAGGGAAGAGAAACCCACAGAAACUUCUCUGAACCAUCCCACAAAGCCUUUUUUAAACCAACUCCUGUCAUGUCUGCCUUGCUGUGAAGAGAAGGGUUCUUCUCUCUCCAUUUUUACUCUCACCCCACCGAUCCGCCUCACUCUACUGCUGUGGUGCUUCAUUGAUCUUUAUCCCUUUUACAGGGAUCAUAUCAGUCUCUCCAUUCAUCUCUUCUUCACGGCACUAGAUGCUGAAUAUAAGGCUGCUCUUAUAGCAUAGAUGUAGAGUGAGAACAACAGGCACUAGAUGCUGAAUAUAAGGCUGCUCUUAUAGCAUAGAUGUAGAGUGAGAACAACAGGCACUAGAUGCUGAAUAUAAGGCUGCUCUUAUAGCAUAGAUGUAGAGUGAGAACAACAGGCACUAGAUGUUGAAUAUAAGGCUGCUCUUAUAGCAUAGAUGUAGAGUGAGAACAACAGGCACUAGAUGCUGAAUAUAAGGCUGCUCUUAUAGCAUAGAUGUAGAGUGAGAACAACAGGCACUAGAUGCUGAAUAUAAGGCUGCUCUUAUAGCAUAGAUGUAGAGUGAGAACAACAGGCACUAGAUGCUGAAUAUAAGGCUGCUCUUAUAGCAUAGAUGUAGAGUGAGAACAACAGGCACUAGAUGCUGAAUAUAAGGCUGCUCUUAUAGCAUAGAUGUAGAGUGAGAACAACAGGCACUAGAUGCUGAAUAUAAGGCUGCUCUUAUAGCAUAGAUGUAGAGUGAGAACAACAGGCACUAGAUGCUGAAUAUAAGGCUGCUCUUAUAGCAUAGAUGUAGAGUGAGAACAACAGGCACUAGAUGCUGAAUAUAAGGGUGCUCUUAUAGCAUAGAUGUAGAGUGAGAACAACCGGCAGUAGAAGUCCUCAUCUUCCUUCAGGUGUUGGUUGAGAGAUCUAUCCCUCCAGUUCUAUGGCUCCUGUGGGGAUUAGUGAGCGCUUUCUAUUUGAAGCACAAGAGGGCAGCAGUGACCCCUGUAAAAUGGUGCACUGAUACACACAGACACCAACUCUCACUUACACAAAGCUCCUGUCAUCCAGCCAGCACAGCUCCUGUCAUACAGCCUUACUGCUUUAAACGACCGAAGCAUGGCCGCCAAAGUCUGGUCCUUCCAAUGACCACAGGCAGCACGGGCCACGCAAGCCCUUUAUCCUGAAGCCGGAGACAUUGAUGGGAAUAGUGUGUGGACAGAAAUGCCCUCCUAAACACACUGGUGCUUUCCCUACACAUGUUGACACACAAAGGGCUCAGUCAGCGAGUCCUGCUUUUGCCUGGUGCUGUUAUUCGUUUUGAAGCAGAGCAAGGUUUGUCUCUAUGCACACACUGUCACGACAGAGCCAGUAAAUCCUUAUUCACCAAUCAUGGCUGCCUCUGCAUUGCUUGCGUGUCAGAGCCUGCUUGGGGCUUAUGAAGUGGUCGAGAUAGAGCUCUCUCUACCUCAACGUUGCCGAGACACUACAAACACACACACACAGGCACCAGGUCAGAGGAACAUGAUGAAUAUUAGUCCAGAUUCCCCAUGUGCUCUACAAACUCAUUUUAAUCCACUUUUUUAUUAUUUAUUACAUGAUAAUGAUGAUGAUGAUUGUUGUUAUUGUUUUUUUGUUUUGUUAUAGCUAAUAGAAAUUGUACAUACAGAAGAAAAUAUUUUAUAAAAGCACUUUUAAUCUUGAUUUCAUUGAGAGAAAAAGAGAACAGAUUAUUGACAACUUGAAGCUUACUUUUUUAAACUUUUUUUUCUCUCUCAAGAGAGAUAAAAAAAAAAUGUACAUAUUUAAAAUAUUUAGGUAAGAUUAUUUAACUGUUGAGGGAUAAUGACUAAAUCAUAAAUGAUUCCAGGCUUUUUAGUCCAGUCAGUUUGCCAGACAGCCUUUAGUAACAGAAAACAACUUUCCAAUGUGUUGUUAUGUCUGUAGAUGUAUACUCAAUACUGCUGUCCUGAUUUCAUAAGUACUGUACUACACGAUACCUCUGACAGCAACCAACCAGCCACCCUUCCUUCAUGAGAAAAGAUUGACGUAAUCAGUAAUCAGGCCAUUUAUAAGCCAGAGUAUGAUAUCUAGCCAUUCCACACUGAGAACCAAUGAGAAACAAAGUAUUUCUUGUUUUUUAACACAAGAAUCAAACAGUUGCCGAAUCAAAGUUGUCAGAAGUGCUUGUAUGAGAGAACUCUAGUGACAGAGGUGAGGUGUAGCCCCAGCAAUCUGUCUUGUCCAUUGUGUUAGACUGAGGUGAGAGGUUGUCACCACCGUAACUUGUUUUUAAUGUGGUAUUAUCAAUGAUAGUGAUUUUAACAGUAGUAAAAGAUGUAACAGUAAUGGAGAACCAUGACAACUUAACACUUGUAGUACCAGACUGAAGGUACAGUGUAUUAAUGGAAGACACCAGAUAAUAACUGGUAGUUUAGUUUGUAAUAUCUUUUGUUGGUUGUUGUAGAUUGUCACAGACAUGACCAACAGGACUUUGACUAAUUUAGGGACCUGGGGAAUAUGGCUAUUAUAUUCCCACCGUUAGAACAAACUCCCCCUUUAAUAACGUCAUGGCAUGAUCGACACACAGUUAUAAUGAUUCAGUCAUAUUUAUGAUCUAUGUAAUAAUGGGUGCUGAUCAUAUAUACUGCAUAUUAAUAUUUCAUUUGUACAACAUUUUUUGGGAGGCUAAUGCUAUGGUGCUACUCCCUAACUUCACUGUGGAAUAAAAUGGGGGGGGGGGGGGGACAUGAUUUAUAUCACUGAUAUUUUUCUGAGCUAAACUAUUUCUUUGAAUAUUGCAGUUUCAAUGAUGGAACUACUCCGGUGCUGAUUUAAUGGGAAUUUCCCAUUCAUGUUCAAGGUAAUAAAAAAUAAGAAAACUGUUGAAUUGAACUACUCACACAGUUCAUACACAACUUUUGUUAAUCCUAUGUCCACAUAAGCUACUUGAAAAGGGACUCUAUUCUCGCUUUAACUGGUAUGGGGAUUGGAGAAUCAUAUUAUAUUGAAGUGAACAGACUGUUAUCUUAAUUAAAAACUUGGUGCAGUGUAUGUGCUGGAAGCUAUUAUACAUUACUCUUUUGGGUAUGUUGUACAUUUUUAUGGUGAUGGGAGAAUGUUAAGAUAUUGGAACAAUGAGCAUACUUCCUCCCUAUGUUUCUCACAGGUUGGCAUUUAUUGAGAUUACUCAUGUACUGGAGGCAGCUCUGCAGGGUGUUCAUUAGCUGGCACAGCCACAAAGUCAUAAAAUCUGAUUUUAAACCUGACCUUAUCCCUAACCUUAACCACACUGCUAACCCUAAUGCAUAAAUAACCCUUACCUAAAUUGAAGACCAAAAAGCAAAUGUUUGUUUUCAAACAUUACAACGAUAUAGCAAAUUUUGACUUUGCAGCUGGCCCAUCUAGCGGAAACAGCUCAAUUCUGCAUCCAGGGCAAGACUUAUGACAAUAAACCCCAACCUGCAUGUUUCUCCCUCAUAGACGUAUUUACUUACAUACUUAUACACUCGCUAACUCCUUACCUAUACACACUUCACAUAUUUUCCAUUUUUAUCUCAUACUUUGUCUUUCUCUCCUCUCUCUCUCUCUCUCUCUCUCUCUCUCUCUCUCUCUCUCUCUCUCUCUCUCUCUCUCUCUCUCUCACACUCCCCCCCCACACACACACACACACACAAAUAUUAUCAGGAUGUAUACUCUGCUCUCAGUACUGAUCUUCAUUGAUCACCCCAUCUGCCCACUCUUCCAAGCUGGAAUCAAGCUGGGUUUAGGGUGGACUCAAGCUGGACUCAAUCUGGGCUCAGGCUUAUAUCCUGUCCCAAAUAAACACAACAUCACAUCUGGCAGCUACAUUCCUUUUUGAGUUUGAAGAUUGUUCAUGGUUCUAUUUUUUCAUGUCAAGUAUGCAGUAUGUAAAAAAAAAAAAAAGGAAAAAAAGAUUUGUUUCUUUGUUUUUGUUCAGUCUCUCUUUGUAGCUGUAUGGUGUACUAUGUGAAUACAUAAUGUAUGUGGUACAACCCACAAUAUUGUUUUAUGUUGCGAGAUAAUAAAAAAAAAAA